AUGGGCACGUAUCUGAGCAAACCGAUCACCGACAAGGAAUCCGAAGACUCGGCCAACGGGUGGUUGUCUUGCGGUUCCAGUUCCAUGCAGGGAUGGCGCGAGUCCCAAGAGGACGCGCACAACUGUUUGUUGGACUUUGACAAGAGGGUCGCUCUGUUUGCCGUGUACGAUGGACACGGUGGUGCCGAGGUUGCCCAGUAUGCAGCUGAAAAGUUGCCUUCUUUGGUUAAAAACACACUGUAUGAUAGCCAAGACUACGAAAAUGCCUUGAUAAAGGCUUUCAUGGACUUUGACGACAGUCUUAUUGAGUCACCCGUUGUCGAACAUUUGAUUGCUCUCCGAGAAGAUAUUAAUGAAGAAAUUGCUGAUGAAGAAGAAGAAAAAGAAGAACUCACUGAACUUUAUGAAGAAGCUAAAAUGCCAAUUGAAGACAUAAUAAUGAAGUAUAAAAAUAAAAUAUUUAAACAUUUUGAUCAAAGCGAAGAAAGUGCAGAUAGCAAAGAAAGUGAAGACGAACCUAGUUCUUCUAAAGAAUCUCCUAUAUCAAAACCUAAAUCUAUCGUUGAAUCAAAUGACGCCUGUGGUUCUGGUAGCAGCGGUAGUAGCAAAACAGUUACAGAUGACGAUGAAAAAAAUGUUGGUAAUGGAAUUGAUGAAUGUAAACCUAAAGAUCCAACAGUUGAAAGUUCACCAAGUGCUAAAGUCAAUGGCACACCAAAUGAUGAUGAUAAUGAUGAUGACGACAAAACUGAAGAACUUGUUGCUGAAAGUAGUGAAGCAGAAUGCGGCCCCAGCAGUAGUAAUGGACAAAAUGGCACAGAAAAUAGUUCUGGAACUGCAUGUUUAAUUCUUGAGGAUUCAGAAGACGACACUGAUGAAGAAGGAGAAGAGUUUGAAGGCUCAAUGAAGUUAGAUGAUGACUCUGAUGAUUCAGAUAGCGAUGACGAUGAUACACCGUCUACUUAUAUAUAUGAAGAUGACGAUGAUGAGGAUAAGCCAGGAAAAGAUAGUGGUUGUACAGCAGUAAUGGCUUUAUUAGUAAACAAUAAACUUUACGUCGCUAACGCUGGAGAUUCGAGGUGUGUCGUUUCUGUUGAUGGUAAAGCUCAUGAUAUGUCAAAAGAUCAUAAACCUGAAGAUGAACCAGAGUUAAAGAGGAUUUGUAAUGCUGGUGGCAGGGUUUCAAGCGACGGACGAGUGAAUGGAGGCUUAAAUCUUUCUAGAGCUCUGGGUGAUCAUAAUUACAAAAAAAAUACAGAUCUUCCAAAUACUGAACAGAUGAUAACAGCUCUUCCCGAUGUAACUGUUUUGGAUGUAACACCAGAUAAUAACAAUUUCAUAGUGUUGGCUUGUGAUGGUAUUUGGAAUUCAUUAAGCAGCCAGGAAGUUGUUGAUUUUGUUUUGGAACGUAUCAACAAACCAGAUGUCAGUUUAUCGUCGAUUUGCGAAGAACUAUUUGAAAAAUGUUUGGCACCUAAUACAUUGAGUGAUGGCACUGGCUGUGACAAUAUGACGUGUAUCAUUGUUAAGUUAAACCCAAAUCCAAAGCGUUCUCGUUCAGAUGACGAAGAGGAUGAUUCAGAAGGUGUCGAGUCUAAAAAACAUAAAUCAGAUUCAACGGAACCUGAAUCUGUACAAUAA